AUGGACGUCUUGGAGGCUGCGACGGUUGCCCUGACGACGCAAAACAUGGACAAUGAUCAAUCAUCACAAAUGGACGCCUACAAGGGAGAACUCUCUCAUCAGCUUGAUCCGUUUCGUCUAUUCAUUCGGAACUAUUCAGCCGAUUUCCAACACGAGGGACGUUUCACCAUUCCAUGCUCUGACAAUACAGGUACUGCUGCUAGCAAUGACGAGACGGAUCCUCCUUCAUUGCAAUCUAGUGCUCUCUUUGCCAUGGAUGAUCCGUUAGAGUUUCUUCAAAGUGCCCUAUCAUGGUCAUCAACUCAAACAGCACAACACUGUCAUGGAAAAAGCAAUGAGGUUGUCGUUUUCUUGCCCGCCUUGUCCAUGUCUCACAGGCAAGCCCAACAGCAGCUACAAUAUUGUUCCAACGUCCUAGAUGGAAUUCCCAUGGCACUGCUGUUCCCAGGAACCUUCUCCAACUAUCACAACAACAACCAAAAUCCAAAUGGGGACGACACAAUUAUUGCAAUUCAGCUCACACACGACACUUUGCAAUCCCUUCAAUCCUUUCAUUUGAUCAGUAUGGAACCACAGCAGCAGCAAGCUAAGAAUAAAAAGUCGAGUCAGGAAUCAACAACAACAACCAUGAAGACAUAUCGGGUGCGCUCCAAGGAUUUGGAUUGUAUCCGUGCCGUCUUGUCAUUGUACGACAGCAGUACCCAAACGCCCUUUGCCACUUCGCACGACGACGCCUUGAAGACGACCUUGAUCAAACUAAUUGAUGUGGCCGUCACAAAGCAACAAUCAUCAUCAUCAUCAUCAUCGCCACACUUGGUACUAGUGACGUGCAGUGCCACCUGUACCAUUCUAGCGUCCGCUCUAUUGGCAUGGCGAAGACAGCAAACAUUAGCUCAUGCCGAAUCAUUACUACAUCAGGCAAUCACCGUGGUAACCAUGAACGGACUGCUCCUCCCAGAGGAUCAAUCCUUUUGCAAUGGACCAGCUUACGUGCACGUGUCCAUGCAAGAUGAUCCCAUUGUGGCUCAAUAUGGUGUGACGAGUAACAGUAAGAACACUGGGGGAAGAAAUGCAGUGCACUUGCAAGCACUUUCACCCUACCACCAAGCACCACAAGAACAGAAUCUUGGCAGCAACCCCGAGCUUGUUGUUGGCAAUGCCAUAGAUGAUGAUAUCCACAAUAUCGCUACCGGUGCCAUUCAGUAUCUGUCCUUGCUACUCCGAAUCAAUGGCGUCCAAUCCUUUCGUCAACUCUAUCAACAAGGGGCAGUAUCGCUCGCAAAUAAUGACGAGGAGAAACAGGAUAUCGAUCCAAAGCUGUUUGCGCUCAACUACGACACCAAAGUGGGAACCAUCGAGAUCCCUCCCUUGAUGGAUCUGGAACUCCUACCGGCAAUGAUUCGCGCCACGGGAGGGGAUCGGUGGCGGACGGCAGUCAGUACUGACGAUGCUGAUGAAGACGACGACAUACUUCCCGAUUGGGCCAUGGCAGAAGCAAUCAUUACCGAUCAGUUUGGAUACGGCGUCUACGACGAGAUUGUGGAACUGUGCUCUUCUUGUCGUGCAGUUGGCUAG